CAACGACCUCCCAAAGGUCAGGUCCUUGGCCGCCGUAUUCAGCCUCCGGUGGUUCUGACCCACGAGCCAGCGAGCGACGUGAUUCGUGGCGGCGUGUUCAUCUGCACAACAGUUGAGUGCUUCUUGGGAGUUCGACAAUCUCCACGCUCUAAUCGACGCCAGAUUCGAACACCCACACGCCGGACAUCCCCAAAUCGGUUCACCCAAAUCCUGUUAGGUUUUCAUUGGCAGAAUCGAGGCAAGCGUUCCAGUUUGUUUCGGUCUGAUGAUUUACACAGCCAUCGACACCUUUUAUCUCACUGAUGAGCAGUUAACGAACUCACCUUCGAGAAAGAAUGGGAUUGAUGAAGCUACUGAAACCUCCCUGAGAAUCUAUGGUUGCGAUCUCAUCCAGGAGGCUGGCAUAUUGCUUAAAUUGCCUCAAGCAGUCAUGGCUACUGGGCAAGUUCUAUUCCAUCAUUUCUAUUGCAAGAAAUCAUUUGCCCGCUUCAAUGUCAAGAAAGUUGCUGCUAGUUGCGUGUGGCUUGCCUCGAAGUUGGAGGAAAACCCUAGGAAAGCCAGACAAGUAAUUAUUGUUUUUCAUAGAAUGGAAUGUAGGAGAGAGAACUUACCCAUUGAGUUCUUGGACCCUACUCUCAAGAAAUAUGCAGACUUGAAAACGGAGUUAAGUAGAACAGAGAGACAUAUAUUGAAAGAGAUGGGUUUCAUUUGUCAUGUUGAACAUCCGCAUAAAUUCAUAUCUAACUACCUUGCAACGCUUGGAACACCUCCAGAACUGAGGCAAGAAGCUUGGAAUCUAGCCAAUGACAGUUUACGUACAACAUCGUGCGUUCGAUUCAAGAGUGAGGUUGUGGCCUGUGGGGUUGUAUUUGCUGCUGCUCGAAGAUUUCAAGUACCCCUUCCUGAAAAUCCACCUUGGUGGAAGGCAUUUGAUGCAGAGAAGUUGGGAAUUGAUGAAGUCUGUCGAGUUUUGGCCCACUUGUAUACCCUUCCUAAGGCACAAUAUAUCCUAGUGUGCAAGGAUGGAGACACAUUUACAUUUUCUAAUUAGUCACUGGAUUCACAAUCCCUUCCGGUCUCCAAGGAAGUUCCACGGAGCAGCCCAACAGCUAAUCCUGAAUCAGGUGGGUCCAAAGAUGAGAUGGUUAAGUCAUUCUUACACAAACUCAAGGAAUCUAAGAAGUGUGAUGAUGACUCCAAGAGCGUUCUGCUUGAAGCCACUUCUAGGGAGGAGCUUGUGCCUAAAUCAAAACCUGACUGAAGAGCUGAGAAUGGUGAAAAGAACAAGGAGAGAGAAAGAGAUAGGGAUAGGGAAAGAGAGAGGGAAAGAGACAGAACCAAGUCUCGAGAUCGAGACGGGGGACGAGAAUCUGACAGAGAACGUGAGAGAGAGGAUGCAGACAGAGAGAAAGUCAAGGACCGAGCUCAUCGCUCGAAGGAUAGGAGCAAGGAGUUGGGAGGGCAUUUGGAGAAAUCAAGGCACCACUCAUCGCGAGGUAUUGGUUAGUUUAUUUUUCCUUGAUACAUCGUUAGGGUGCUUCCUUUCCAUGUUAAUGAAAAUUUACUGCUUCCUGAAUGGUAGUGAAUGAAAAGAAAAAUAGUUGGUUCAUCUUUAUUAUUAACACGAUGGCAAUCCUUUGAUCCGGUUAUCAUUAAUUUGUUUUGUUUUCCACCCCAUCUCUGGUUUUCUGGAAUUGAUUACUCAGGAAUUCGAUGCUGAAAUUGAGAAGGUGUGCCCGAAAUGUAACACAAUGGCAGCAUGAAGCUUUGACAGUGGGCAUCUCUGAUUGAGUGAGCAUUUCAAGUAUAUUAGCAGGCAGACCUUUCUCUGUUCGUUUGACCAUUCUUCUCAAGGUGUGGGUACAAGUAGUGAUUUUCUUCCAAAUAAUUCGUUUUCAAGGGAGCAACAUCCCAGGUUUCAAAGGGUUAUAUGAACUGAUGGGUACCAAACGCUAUCAUAGAAACACAGAAUUGUAGAAAGUCCAAAAUGAUUGAUGAAGAUUGGGAGGAAAUAGAUCUUGGAUCACCCA